CGCACUCUCACCCUUCAAUACUAUCCCCACACUUCCUCUCUCUAUUGACUACACUUAAAGCUACCAAAACCACAAAGAACAGAGGAGGACCCCUUCCAUCCCAGUAAUUGCUUUCGCUUCUUUUGAAUGGAUCAGGCACUUGGCGCCAUUCGCGGCUUUACCCGCAGCCUUCCUAGCUUGAGCCUGCCUCAUAACUCCGCGACAAUCACCUCCAAGCCUCACAAUUGAUGACCCUAUAUCAAUCAGCAUCAUUCGCAGCCUCAGAUCCCAUUAAAAGAUGCGAAUAUUUCACUCCUCAGUCUUAUCAUUUAGUGGGCAGCUCUAAGAGCUCCAUUAGAAAAGAUCAAAAAAUGGAUGGAAAGUCCUCGCGUCCAAGAUCAACGGCAGCCAAAGCUCCGUGUGUGUUCAAGAGCAAUGGAAUGACUGAUCUUCAGAACGUAAUUGACAAACAAACCUCUGUCCAUACAUUGCUUCUCACGGCCUAUAACAGAAUAUUAACUUUUCGGAGUAAAAAUCUUGUAGAACAGCAAAAACGUCUCAGGAAACCGAGUACCCGAAAUUGUAUGAAUCGCGUUCGGAAGCAUGACGCAUCCCUGGUUGGUCUUAACGACUGCGCGCCCGUUCGUACAACCCACACUGAGAAUAGUUCAAAACUGUCUACGUUGUUCGGUUAUCACGACGAGCUCUUUACCUCCAGAAAAUAUAAAGGGAUGGUUCGGAAGACUGUGAAACUGUCAAUUCGAUCGCGAAAGCGACAGUCUUCGGAAGGAUUGGGGAGAUUCAACACAGCAAUUUCUAGCAACUCGGGAGGGUCGGUCUCCCUGAUGUUCAACAAGAUUGGCGAUAUCAUUUUUUCAAGGCUGCGGAAAAGCAACAGUAUAGGGGAAACUUUGAAAUUAUAUUUUCAAGUAGAUCCAAUCCUCAUCGGUGUCCUCCAAGAGCAGGUCUACGGCCGGAAUUACUCCCUGGACUAUAGAGGCGCCCUAAUUACGGGGAGAUCUAAGGAUCUUCUCCUAGUUCUGGGUAAGAUCAAUUCUCUACAGAUUCACUACCUAAACGUGAUGAAUACUGAUGACGUUCGAAUUGUAUUGGGGAAUAUCUUUGACGGUCAGAAUGACUCCGUUAGUAACAUGUAUGUAAUUGGGAUCACAUCAAGCCUCCACAGCUGUUGCCUACCACUCGCUAUAUUAACAAGAUCGAUAUCAGUCUUUCGCAUCUACGAUCUCUACACAUGCGAAACUCCGAAUAGCUUAGGGAACUUUGCUCAACUACCCGCCUCUACCCAAGCCAUCACCUCCGGUCUUCCUCACAUACACAUCAGCUUUGACAUUGGUGCGACAGCGCCGAAUGAGUAUAUUUAA